UCCUGGUUUUGUCUCUGAACGCACCAACAAUUUCCUCUUGGAGUUAGAGCCAGUGACUAAGAGUUUUCUCAUUCCCUUUGAACUGCGCUGAGUGGUGCUGCCGCCUGAUCAGAGGCUAAGAGUCUGUAAAGAGUCACACUGACAAGAACCGCUACUAACAGCGUUGGCAUCAGCACUCUUGGUUUCACAUUUUGCAGAAGUAGAAAAUACUUGAUCUUUAUCGGGCCGGAGUGUCUCCCUGAGCCUCAGGAUGAGUUGUAUUACCUUGUUGGUGUUGCUCUUGUUGCUGUCAUGUGCCUUGGCCAACAUUAAGGAUAACAACCUUUCUGGAUUUUGUGCUGGGCAUCCAGGAAUUCCAGGAACUCCAGGACGUAAUGGGUAUCCAGGGCUGCCAGGGCGGGAUGGGAGAAAUGGGAGGGAUGGAUUACCAGGACAGAAAGGCGAUGCAGGAGUACAAGGUUUACGUGGGCCUAUGGGAGAGCAAGGAAUCCCAGGGCUACCUGGACCAAUCGGUGAAAAAGGAUUCAAAGGGGACAGUAUAAUUAGCUUCAAUUCAGCAUUCAGUGCAAAACGUUCCAAAACUCACACCUUCCCCCCACUUGAAGAGGCUGUCCAGUUCGAUGUGAUUAUACACAAUGAUCAAAGGCACUACGACCCCGUUACAGGAAAAUUCACUUGUGAGAUUCCAGGGCUCUACUAUUUUGUGGUUCAUUCCACUGUUUUCAAAACCAGUCUGCAAUUUGACAUCAUGAAGAACAAUGUUUCCAUGUCGUCUUUCUUCCAGUAUUACGGCAAUUGGCCAAAGCCCGUCUCACUGUCCGGUGGAGCUCUCUUGCAAUUGGAUGUCAAGGACCAGGUGUGGGUGCAAGUGACAGUGGGAGACUACAACGGGAUUUAUUCUAGUGCAAAAACAGACAGCAGCUUCACUGGGUUUUUAGUUUAUUCUGACUGGCAAAAUGCUCAAAUUCUGAUUUAACAUGUGUUACUUUUGCUCAUUGCUAUAUCAUGCAUGGAUUGUAUUUUGCAUCAAACUGAACUUUAAACAAAUGGCAUUGUUAGAAAUUCACCACUGCUUUGUUACAUUUCCCCACCUGUAGGGUCACAUUCUGUCAUGUGUUCCUGAAAUGUAAACCAAAUGCAAUGCCUGUUUAUAAAUGAAAUCUGUUUUGACUUCA